AUGUCAGCACCCGGACCACACAGCUCCGAUGCUGGCCGAUUCUGGCAGUAUUCCAAGCGUGCUUUGUUUACGAUUCAGAAGUUGAAUGAGCAACGUGACGAAGUUGCUGCGACGGGGAUCAAGAUGAUUCAAGUUCAUGGCGUUGGUAACGCGAAUGAACCUGCACAUGAUACUGAAAAAGAUGCCGCCUUGGCGGUUGUGGGCGAUGUAGCACAGGAUAUUGAUCCAGUUGUGGCAAAGCGGGUGUUACGGAAAAUUGAUUUGUACUUCAUGCCGGCAAUGUUGAUAGGUUAUGGCAUCGUUUAUUGGGAUAAGGCUAUCCUUGGUAGUGCCACUCUGUUUGGAAUGACUACCGAUCUGGCAUUGGAAGUCGUGGAUUAUUCAACGACCCCAGAGACAGUCAGUACCUCACGUCUCAGUUGGGCAACGUCGGUUUUCUACUUCGGCAUGUUGGCAGGAUUGUACCCCAUGACUCUGGUCUUGCAGAAAUUCAACCUGCGCUAUGUCUUCGGUCCUGUCGUUCUACUCUGGGCUAUCACUUGUGCAGCAACUGCCAGCGUGACAUCCUGGCAAGGACUUUUCGCCCAGCGGUUCUUCCUCGGAGUUAUUGAAAGUGUCAUCCCCACUGGUUUUAUGACCAUAGUGAGUGGGUAUUACACCCAGGAAGAGCAGACUAUGCGACAGGCUUGGUGGUUCUCCGGCGUGGGUUGGUUCACAAUCAUUGGUAGCGCUCUGAACUAUGGUUUCGGCCAAAUCACCGCUGGCCAUCUGAAAAGCUGGCAAUAUAUCUACAUCUUCGCUGGUGUGCUCACCUUUCUGUUCGGUCUUUGGUGCUGCGUCAUGCCCAACUCCCCAGUCACUGCCUGGUUCCUUACUCCCGAAGAACGAUUGGUUGCUGUGGAGCGGCUUCGCAAGGGCCAGACGGGUGUUAGAUGCCAGCAGAUUAAAUUCAGCCAAGUGAAGGAAUCGUUGACCGAUCCCAAAAUUUACUUGGUAGCUCUUAUGAUGGCAGCAGCGUACACAAUCAAUGGAGCCAUCUCUGGAUUCGGACCCUUGAUUGUAUCGACCUUUGGGUACGACACUUUGGACUCGAUCCUGUUCCAAUUCCCCGUUGGUGCAAUCUGUCUCAUUUUUAUCCCUCUUUGCGGAUACAUCCCCACAGUCAUCCCCAAUACACGCAUUCCAAUGCUCAUUUUAUGCUGCCUCCCGGUCAUCGCCGGCUGCAUUAUGAUCUGGAAAUCUCAAUGGGGAUACCACCCCGCCACUCCAGUUGUUGGUUAUACUCUCACAGGUUUCUUUGGGCCGGUCGUCAGUUUGAUCAUUACGAUUGGCGCCAGCAAUGUGGCUGGAGCUACUAAGAAAACCAUCAUGGCUGCUACAACCUUCGUGGCUUAUACAGUUGGAAAUAUCAUCGGGCCCCAGCUUGUUAAAAGCAGUACCAAGGCUCAGCAUUAUCCAGAGUUGUGGCAAGGUAUGAUCAUUUGCUACUGCAUCACUAUCGCCGCUGCUGUCGCUUUAUACUUUGUGCUCUGGCGUGAAAACAAAGCCCGCGAUAACAUGGAACUCGAUGAGGUUCUACGAGACAAGAUCGCCUUUGACGAUCUCACGGACAAGGAGAACCCGUUCUUCAGAUACGUUCUGUAA